AUGAAGCCCUACAAAGUCGGAGACUAUGUCGAUAUCAAAGCUAAUGCCGCCCAGCAAAAAGGCAUGCCGCACAAGUUCUACCACGGACGAACUGGUAUCAUCUACAACGUUACCCCUCGUGCUGUCGGCGUCCUCAUCAACAAGCGGGUGGGCAACCGAUACAUCCAAAAGCGUGUCAACCUUCGUGUGGAGCACAUCAAGCACUCGCAGGGUCGUCAGGUCUUCCUUGACCGUGUCAAGGAGAACGUCCGACUGCGAGCAGAGGCAAAGGAGAAGGGCGAGACGAUUGUGCUCAGGCGUACCCAAAAGUUGCCACGAGAGGCGCACACUGUAGAGUCGGCGAGCUGCAAAAACCUGCCACAAACACUCAACCCGGUUCCGUACGAAACCACCAUCUGA